AUGCUCUCCAACGCCGUCCUCCGCGUCGCCCGCCCCUCUGGGCUCUGGCGACGAGCACCGUCAGCGCCGUUGCGCGCGUUCAGCAAUGCACCCGCCAGGCGGCACCCCGUCCCCGCCACCUACAAGCAUCCAGAGAUGGAAGAUCCCCAGCUGAAUGGAUACCCGAGACUGCCAUAUGUUUCCAGGCAAUACCUGCCGCCGAAGGGGUGGGAGGACCCGCAGAUGAGACGCAACUUUGGCGAUACUUUGCACGAGCAAGAGGAAAUCCUCUCCAUGUGGGGUCCUGAUAUCUCAGUUGUUCCGCCCGAGACCGCCCUGCGUCAGUUCUCGCUCGCAGUCCUUGUUUUCGUUGGCAUCGGCGCCAUCUGCUACGCACUCGUCCCUGACAGUCCCGUGCUUCCCCGUCAAUACCCCUUUGACGGCCUGAAGGAGGAACUCGGAGGACUG